AUGAGGACACGGCGUCCUCGCGCUGCCUCUGACAUUUCUGUUCCUCCUGUGGCGUCGCAUCUGGGUCGGGGGAGGUCGGUGGAGGUCGAUGGAGGUCGGUGGAGGUCGGGGGAGGUCGGUGGAGGUCAGUGGAGGUCGGGGGAGGUCGGUGGAGGUUCGGGGGAGGUCGGUGGAGGUCGAUGGAGGUCGGGGGAGGUCGGUGGAGGUUCGGGGGAGGUCGGUGGAGGUCAGUGGAGGUCGGUGGAGGUCGGUGGAGGUUCGGGGGAGGUCGGUGGAGGUCAGUGGAGGUCGGUGGAGGUCGGUGGAGGUCAGUGGAGGUCGAUGGAGGUCGGGGGAGGUCGGGGGAGGUUAGUGGAGGUCGGUGGAGGUCAGGGGAGGUCGAUGGAGGUCGGGGGAGGUUAG